CUUGUACAUCUCUGCUUCAUACUUUUUUGCUUUUUAUUUUGCAUAUAGUUCUUUUUCAAACUGUGCCCAAUGGCUCCCUCUACAAUCUCCAAUAUACCCUCAUCCAUUCUAAUCGUCGGAAGUGGCGCAUUUGGCCUUUCAACUGCUUACUCUCUAUGUCAAAACCCUCAGUACAAAGAUACCUCAAUCACUGUUGUAGAUCGACAGCCCUUUCCUGCACCGGACGGCUCGAGCAUUGAUACCUCGCGCAUCAUACGCCCCGACUAUGCCGCCGCGCGCUACACCCGCCUAGCAACUAUUGCGCAGAACCGCUGGCGAACCGAUUUUGCGACGGAACACUACCAUGAAGUCGGACUGUGUGUAACUGCCUGGGGGCCGGAACAACAGUACGUGCCAAACUCGUUGGCAAAUGUCCGGGCAAUAGGAACAGACAAGGUUGAGGUCCUUAACUCGGCUGAAGAAAUACAAAGAGCAUGUGGUCUUGAAGGCAAUGCUCCAUGGGGCAACGGAUCCACAGGAUAUGUCAACUGGAGUUCUGGCUGGGCUGAUGCUGAGGGAGCCAUGAUUUGGUUGCGGGAAAAGGUCGAAAGUUUGAAUCGAGUCAAGUUCGUCACCAAACCGGUGAAGAAGUUGCUGAUCAACCAUAAGACCAGCACUGUGUCUGGCGUCCGGUUCAACGAUUCGAGUGAGCUGAAGGCCGACUUGACAGUACUGGCAGCAGGCGCAUGGACAGCGUCGCUCAUAGAUCUACGGGGCAUCUGCAAAGCGACAGGACAGGCUAUAUGCUAUAUGCCAAUAUCCGAGGAAGAGGAAGCAAAAAUGGCCAACAGGCCAACUCUCUUGAAUCUCUCACAUGGACUUUUCAUGAUUCCGCCCUCUAAGAGGUUGCUCAAGGUAGCGCGCCACGGUCAUGGCUACAUUAAUCCGACGACCAUCCCGCAUCCCGAGUCAGACGACCCGAAUGAGACAAUCACAGUAUCUUUGCCCUACACAGGUGUCGAUGACCCGACACAAGCUGUUCCGGUAGAGGGUCAACGCCAAUGUCGCGACUUCCUCAAGGCAAUACAUCCCUCGAUUGCUACGCCCUCACGGCCGUUUACCAAAUCGAAGAUCUGCUGGUACACGGACACAAGGAAUGGCGACUUCUUGAUAUCAUACCACCCCAAGUAUAGCGGUCUAUUUGUCGCCACGGGUGGUUCAGGCCAUGGCUUCAAGUUUCUGCCCGUCAUUGGUGACAGCAUUGUAGAAUGUCUGCAAGGUCGAACACCCGAGGAUUUCAAGGGACUUUGGGAUUGGCCCGCUGAGCGCAUUCCUGAGAAGCAGUGGCCGGGUGAUGGAAGCCGUGGUGGUCCUGUUGGAUUGGUGCUACGAGAGGAGAUGGAGAAGAGCAGGGGAAAGCUGUAGAUGCGAUUAUGUCCAUGAUGCAGGAUUACUUUGUUUCUCUACUAGGUCCGAAGUUAAAACUUGUGAGGCACCUCAGUACUCGAACUCCUACAGAAGCGGUUUCUCUCGGGAAGAAUAAAAGUCCACUGCACUUGCUGAAAUUCGCAGCCUUCAUGACUUUACGUUUACUCCGCAUACUUGCCCAAGAUACAGUCAAGACCGUGGCUGAUCAACUCAUUACGUCCUAUUUCGGGGCGCCUGAAAAUACAUCAUCAGACUUAGCAAAGCCCUGCGUCUCUCAGAUAAUCAGAUGGAAAUGCAAAGGUUGGCCUCGAAUUAGAUAAAAUAAUCAAACUCAAUAUCACU